UGUGCUGUCUAGUUCUGAGAUAUAACUGCCGUCAGAAUAGAAUGCCUCAGGGAUAUAUGUAUACGAUUGGUCCUGUAACAAAAUAGAUGUCACUGUUUUCCUAGUUGUCCCACUAAGGCCAUCAUUACAACCAGCAAUACAGCUAGCUACUAGAGCUACCCAGCUAUUGCAGGAGGAUUAAUUCCUUAAUGCCACUGGGCACAAUGAUUGGCCAUAUCCUGCCUCAGCCCACCCACUCUUAGCUCUGCUGAAUCCUGAUUGGCCUGCUCCUGCUGACGACCCUGAGAGCUGAUGGUUUCUACAGUUGCCAUGACUUAGAGACAAUCCUCAUUCAGAGAUGGAGAAAAAGAAAAUGUGCCCCCGCCUCCUGGACUACCUGGUGGUGGUUGGAGCCAGGCAGCCCAGCAGUGACAGUGUCGCUCAGACUCCCCAGUUGUUGCGGCGUUAUCCUCUGGAGGAUCAUACCGACUUUCCACUGCCGCCGGACGUUGUGUUUUUCUGUCAGCCUGAGGGAUGUCUCAGCGUGCGUCAGCGCCGUGUUAGUCUCCGCGACGACUCCUCUUUUGUCUUCACGCUCACCGACAAGGACUCGGGCGUCACGCGCUAUGGGAUCUGUGUCAACUUCUACCGCUCCUUCCAGAGGGGCCACCAUCGCCCGCGGGCGGAGAACAAAGGUAGGCGAGAGGGAGAAAAGGCCCCUCAGACGGACCCAGCUGUGGAGGUCACUGAGAAAUCAGACCCUUCCAUGCUGGCGUUGCCCGAUGAUGCUCCUGCUCCUCUGACUGCUGGUGUUGAGGGGGCAGUGCCCCCUGGGGAGCCUGGCAGUGCAAGGUCACCCCAACCCAAACGCAGCGGACGCCAAGGGCCUCGGAACCGCAACAGCACGCUAACAUCGCUGUGUGUGCUCAGUCACUAUCCCUUUUUCUCCACCUUCAGAGAGUGUCUGUACAUCCUGAAGAGACUGGUAGACUGCUGCAGUCACAGGCUCAACCAACGUCCUGGAGCAGCCAAAGGAGCUCAGAGGGACACGAUGUGGCGUGUGUUUACUGGAGCUCUCUCUGUAGAGGAGAAAGAGAAAGGCAGUCAAGUCUUACAAGACCUGAGGGAAAUCGAGUCGUGGAUAUACCGCCUGCUACGGUCACCCGUCCCCGUCGCCGGUCAGAGACGCGUGGACGUCGAAGUUCUGCCGCACGAGCUGCAGCCCACGCUGACCUUUGCCCUCCCUGACUCCUCUCGCUUCUGUAUGGUGGACUUUCCUCUCCAUCUACCACUGGAGCUUCUGGGAGUGGAUUCCUGUCUGCAGGUCUUAACCUGCAUACUGCUAGAACACAAGGUGGUACUGCAGUCUCGGGAUUAUAACGCCUUGUCUAUGAGUGUGAUGGCGUUUGUGGCUAUGAUCUACCCUCUGGAGUACAUGUUCCCCGUCAUCCCUCUGCUGCCCACCUGCAUGGCGUCUGCAGAACAGCUGCUGCUUGCCCCCACUCCCUAUCUCAUCGGAGUCCCGGCCAGUUUCUUCCUGUAUAAAUCUGAUUUUAAGAUGCCAGAUGAUGUAUGGUUGGUGGAUCUGGACUGCAAUAAGGUCAUUGUGCCUAGUAAUGCAGAGAUGCUGCCCCCUAUGCCUGAGCCUGAGUCUUCAGAACUGAAGAAACACCUGAAACAGGCGUUGGCCAGCAUGAGUUUAAACACUCAGCCCAUUCUAAACCUGGAGAAGUUUCAGGAAGGUCAGGAGCUUCCCCUGCUGCCUCCAGGCCGGGACAAGUCAUCCCCUUCCUCCACCGAGUUCAACCCCCUCAUCUAUGGCAAUGAUGUGGACUCAGUGGAUGUGGCCACAAGGGUUGCCAUGGUGAGAUUCUUCAACUCUCCGAAUGUACUGCAGGGGUUCCAGAUGCACACCCGCACACUGCGACUGUUUCCCCGGCCUGUGGUCGCCUUCCAGGCAACUUCAUUCCUUGCGUCCAGGCCCCGACGCACUGGAUUUAUAGAGAAGCUGGCACACACGCAGGCAGUGGAAUAUUAUGGAGAAUGGGCCCUGAACCCUACCAAUCUGGCCUUCCAGAGGAUUCACAAUAAUGUGUAUGACCCGUCUCUGAUUGGCGAUAAGCCAAAGUGGUAUGCCCAUCAGCUGCAGCCAGUCUUUUACCGUGUGUAUGAUGGGACGUCUCAGCUCGCUGAAGCCAUGAGCGGACCGCUGGAAGAUGAUGCCAAUGACUCCGACCCAACUGAUGACAGUGGUAGUGACAGUGAAGCAUACGACGACUCCAGCUCCUCCUAUUCCUCUCUGGGAGACUUUGUGAAUGAGAUGAUCAAAGGAGACAUACAGGGAGAUACACCAAAUGUUGAUCCCCUUACUCAUGCUGCGUUGGGGGACGCCAGUGAGGUGGAGUUCCAUGACUUCCAGGAGUAUAAGAGAGAGAGUGAGGAACCUGGCCCAGAGGGAGAUGGAGCCACGGAUGCACCUGAUAACCAGCCACUCCGAUCCAGCUCCAGCACCACGGCGAGCUCUAGCCCAAGCACUGUUAUUCAGGGUGUCAACCAUGAACAAGCGGAACCUGUCGAAAUUGAAGCAUCAGCAAGCGCAGCUCUGCAGAACUCUGUUCCAGGACUGGGUGUGCCACCUUUCACAAGACCCAUCCCCGAACCAGCCCCUACGGACCCAGCUGGGAAGAAAAGAGAGUACGACAACCCGUACUUUGAGCCCCAGUACGGAUUCCCCACAGAAGACGAUGCAGACACGGAGGAACAAGAGGAGAGCUACACUCCACGCUUCAACCAGAACCUAAACGGCAACAAGACUUCCCGCCCUUUGAGGCCCAGCAGCCUGCGGUUGCCGGGGGAGUCGGAUGGAGAGGAAGACUCCAGGAACAGCUCACCAAACUCCACCAUCUCCAACAACAGCAGUGAUGGCUUUGGAGGACUCAUGUCAUUUGCCAGUAACCUCUAUAAGAAUCAUGGCACCAGCUUUAGUCUGUCUAAUCUGGCACUGCCCAAUAAAGCCGCUCGUGAGAAAAGCACACCGUUCCCCAGUCUUAAAGUAUUUGGGCUAAAUUCUCUAAUGGAGAUAAUAACAGAGGUCGGCCCGGGGAGCGGAGAAGGUGCCCGAGCGCCUCGUGCCCUGGUGGAUCAGAAAUCCUCGGUCAUAAAGCACAGCCCUACAGUGAAAAGAGAGGCACCUUCUCCUCAGGGUCGUGCUAACAACACCAGUGAGAACCAGCAGUUCCUGAAAGAGGUGGUUCAGAGCGUGUUGGACGGCCAGGGCGUUGGCUGGCUCAACAUGAAGAAGGUGCGGCGCCUGCUGGAGAACGAGCAGCUCCGAGUCUUUGUCUUGAGCAAGCUCAACCGUGCUGUCCAAUCAGAAGAGGACGCACGGCAGGAAAUCAUCCGUGACGUGGAGGUCAGCAGAAAGGUGUACAAGGGUAUGUUGGACUUGCUGAAAUGCACAGUGUCCAGUCUGGAACAUUCCUACACUAACGCAGGUCUGGGCGGCAUGGCCAGUGUUUUCAGCCUGCUAGAGAUAGCGCGAACCCACUACCAGACCAAAGACCCGGAGAAGCGAAAGCGGAGCCCGUCGGAGGGGGUGGGCAGCCCGGGUAGUAAGGAGAGCCCGUCUGGCCGUAUGGAAAGUGCCAGGGCAGCGGGUGUGCUCCUUGUGCCCCGGAUCCAGCUGCCGCCCCCCUCCUCAGCAAAGGGGGCUCGCCAGUUUGACACACGGAGUCUGAACGAGGAGAAUUUUAUUGCGUCAAUUGGUGCUGAUGGGGUAAAGCAACGUCCAGAAGGGGGCGACACUGAGGAGAAGAAAUCUCAGAUCAGUGCAGACAGUGGCCUCAGCGUCACCUCUGGAUCUCAGAAGAGCGAUACCGAGUCAGUGGCCAGCAUCACGGAACCUCCCGCCUUGACAAGGAGCACCAGUCAGGACUCGGAGGCCAGCACAGUGGUGAGCAACAGCUCGGGGGAGACACUGGGGGCCGACAGUGACCUGAGUAGCACAGCAGGAGACGGAAUGAUGGGCAGGCCUCCCCCCCACCUCACCCAGUCCCGAGGAACACUGUCCGACAGUGAGAUAGAAACCAACCCUGCCACCAGCUCCGUGUUUGGGAAGACCCAUAAGCUGAAGCCUGGUGUAAAGGAACCUGUCGGAGGUGGGGUUAAGGGAACUCCUGCCCCGCCCCUUGAAGACGUCAGCAUGAGAAUUUACCUGUGCGAAGGCUUGUUAGGUAAAGAGCGCUCCACACUGUGGGACCAGGUGCAGUUCUGGGAGGAUGCGUUCUUGGAUGCUGUGAUGUUGGAGAGAGAAGGCAUGGGCAUGGACCAGGGUCCUCAUGAGAUGAUUGACAGGUAUCUGUCUCUAGGGGACCAUGAUCGUAAAAGACUGGAGGACGAUGAGGACAGGCUGCUGGCUACACUGCUGCAUAACAUGAUUGCUUACAUGUUAAUGAUGAAGGUUAAUAAGAAUGACAUCAGGAAGAAGGUUCGGCGUCUGAUGGGAAAGUCACACAUAGGCCUCACUCACAGCCAGGAGAUCAAUGAAAUCCUUGACCGCCUUGGCCAACUGAGUGGACGAGAACUUCCCAUCAGGCCAAGUGGCAGCAGACACAUAAAAAAGCAGACAUUUGUGGUGCAUGCUGGGACAGAUACCACAGGGGACAUAUUCUUUAUGGAGGUGUGCGAUGACUGCAUUGUUCUGCGCAGUAACAUUGGCACAGUGUAUGAGCGCUGGUGGUAUGAAAAGCUCAUUAAUAUGACCUACUGUCCCAAGACCAAAGUCCUCUGUUUGUGGAGGAGGAAUGGCCAGGAGACUCAGCUCAACAAGUUCUACACCAAGAAGUGUCGGGAACUGUACUACUGCGUCAAAGACAGCAUGGAACGGGCAGCCGCACGUCAACAGAGCAUUAAACCAGGUCCAGAGCUUGGAGGUGAAUUCCCCGUUCAGGACAUGAAGACAGGAGAGGGUGGUCUCCUGCAGGUGACUCUGGAGGGCAUCAAUCUCAAAUUCAUGCACAGCCAGGUUUUCAUAGAGCUGAAUCACAUUAAAAAGUGCAAUACUGUGAAGGGAGUCUUUGUCCUGGAGGAAUUUGUUCCUGAAACUAAAGAAGUGGUGAUUCACAAGUACAAGACUCCUAUGGCACAUCAGAUCUGUUACUCGGUCCUCUGCCUGUUCUCCUACGUGGCUGCAGUGAAGGGGAAGGAGGCAGAAGGCAAACCCAAGAUGCUGUCCCCUCGGCCACUUCCCAGCUAGUGUACGCUUCCCCUCUGUCCCACAUCCAGGCCCCCUGAUCUGAACUGCCUCUGCUCCCUAGUACUCUUACCCAGACCCCCCCCCCCCCUUCUCUACUGUUACAUCUAUGGUCCUUUCCUCCCCUUUUUACUUGUCUGCACAAUUUACAUUCAGCUUAACGACGUCCAAAAAAAAAAAAACUGCACAUCUUCAUUCCAGGACAAGACGUCCUUUUAUGUGUAUCUAUGCUGCUGCACUCAUGCUCAAAAAUUCCAACCGCUGAAAUUAUGCUGGCCUUCAAAUCUCACCCAGAUUUCCAAGGACUAUGGCCACGCCUACUUCAGACCCCUGUGUAUUUUUCCCUCCUCUGCAUUGGUCAAUGUUUGCAUCGUCCCGCCCGAGAUGCCACGUUUUCUCCAUUCUGGAGCCACAUAUAUAAAGCUCUCUCUGACGACGAUGA